UUAUUGAUUCAGAGCGGUGUGAUAGAUUUAUCCGUACAAUAUUGUAAUAACUAAUGUGAUCCUAUCUCCGAACAUAAAAAUAACAACAAAUUACGGGCCUAGGUCCAACAAUUAGUUAUUAUUUUUGUUAAAAAUAUUAUUAAUAGUAAUAAUAUUGAGGAGCGCGGAAAGUAACCUAGAAAUAAAAAGAAGGGAUGCGUGAUGAAUGAUUCAGUGUUGAAUAUCGUAAGGGCGCUUUAUCAAAUAUAUAAUAAUUGCUCGCAUGAUACAUUUAUCGAAAGAACAUAAAAAUUACGAUACGUGGAAAUUGCAAAUGGAAGCGAUACGUGGAAAUUGCAAAUGGAAGCGACACGAGGAAAUUGCAAAUGGAAGCGAUACGUGGAAAUUGCAAAUGGAAGCGAUACGUGGGAAUUGCAAAUGGAGGCGAUACUCAUCAAAGAUGAAUUGUGGAAUAACGGUUCAAUAAUCAGACCUGAAACAGCGAAUAAAGCCUCUUUAUGGGAUAAAAUGAAGGUAAAGCCAAAGCCGAUAUUAUUAUUACCAUGAAUUCGAGUGAGCUAUUUCAUGCGAAGCAUUGCAAAAUUUCGCAUGAAGUAUGGAAUAAAUUGAAAGAGGUUUACGAAUUCAAAGAACCCGCAAGAAAGGUUACGCUCCUAAAGCAAUUAUUAUUCACGAAAAUGUCCGGUAGUGAAAGUAUGUCCGAUCACUUAAAUAAUUUUUUCAAUCGCGUGGAUAAAUUAAAAGAAAUGGAUAUUGUAGUCGCUGAUUAUUUAUUGUUAUCCCUAUUAUUAUAUAGCAUGCCGAAUACAUACGAAAAUUUUAGAUGUGCGAUCGAAUCGCGGGAUCACUUAUUUACUCCAGAUGCGCUUAAGAUAAAAUUACUAAAAGAAGCUAAUUCUCGUCAUAAUUCAAAUGCUAUGCAUGAUCACUAGAAAGUUCUACAAGUGAAAGAUCCAAAUAAACACACGAGGUAUGAUAAAAAUAGAAAUUCUUCAAAUAAAAAUGGAUUUACUAAAGCUAAUAAAGUAAAACAUAUGGAAUGUUUUUAUUGCCACGAACGUGGACAUAAGGCAAAUCAAUGCACGAAGAAGAACAAUGUUUAAGUGCUUCCAGUAUUAGGGAUGAAGAUAGUCGGUGACAUAAACUGUUUUGAAUCUAUAGAGCAAAUCAAAAAUCAAAAGGUGAAAUUAGCAAAUGAUGAGUUAGCUGAACAUGAAGAAUUAAAAGCAAAUUUAAUCUCAGUAUCAAAAGUAACAGCAAAUGGAAAACGAAUUGUAUUUACAAAUAAAAUAGCUACCAUAAUGGCUAACGAGAUUGUUAUUUCUGUUAAGCAUAGAAGGGAUUUAUAUAUUGUAGACACAAAAUCCAAAUACUCUGGCAAUGUCAAAAACAGACCCUCGACAAAAAUGGAGCUUUACAAUGAUAAAUAUCUACCAGAUAUGUCAUGACGUUGAUACCCUUCUCAAUAUCCGGGUAAAAUUGCAUCCAUGUUCGUUGACAGAUUAAACUGCGUUCCUAAAAGAGAAGCAUCAUGUUGCAUCAUGUCCCACGAUACACAUGUGGGGUCUUCAUCAGGCAGCACUCAAUCAUGAGUAAAUCCAAAAGAUAUAAUAAGAUAUUUAACAAAAUUGUCAACAUCAAUGAAGAUUGUUCUGAGAAUACCUCCGGAGAAAAUCAGUAUGAAUUAGGCCAAUGCAAAGUAGACAGUGAAAGUUCUGAAUACAUUGGAAGCAGAAAGAUAGGAUAUUGGGAUAGUGAAGAGGAACACUUCCUGAAUGUGUGUCAUAACAUGAAAAGGAGACCAUUGCUUUUUACAAUAAAACAAACCGAGGAAUUAACUGGAGAAAACAAGGACAACAUUUACCAAAGAACAGACGCUUCAUUCCUGUCACAUUCAAUGUCAGAAGUUAUAUCUAAAAAUAUAACAAUAACAUUAACACUAGGUUUACGGGACUCGUCAAUUUAA